AAUUUUCCGCUUCUUCGUGGGAAAAGCAGACAAGAGAAAGUCACCCUGGAGCACACAUCUGCCUAUAAUAUCGCGUGGCUGAGGCUGGGAUUCACCUGGGCUGUUUUGACCACAUGUGGCUUCCUCUGGUCAUUGACUCCUGUGAAAUUAACUUUGUAAAAACCACUUUUUUUUUUUUCUUGAUAGAGACGGGCGGGGGUCUCGCUAUGGUGCCCAGGCUGAUCUCGAACUUCUGGGCCCAAGCGAUCCUUCCGCCUUGGCCUCUCAAAGUAAACCACUUAUUUAAAAAGGCAUAAAAUCCCAUUGUCUCUCUACAGUCUGUGCUCCUAAAAUCUUGCAUUUGGUACUUAAUUGCUCUAGUUCCUCGAAAUUACUUAAUCUCAAUGGUUUUCUUUAUGGAUUAUUGCUCCCAUUCCUAGAAUCUUCCACAUUAAGGAAUAUAAAAUUAUUUCCUGACCUUGUCCGGAAUGUUUCCCGCAAGAAAUUCAUAUUCUUUGUGGCAUCCAGGUUUUAUUGGAAAGAACUUAAGUGACAGGAUUUAAAAGUGAUGGAACUUAAAAUUUUUACAGUGAAUUUAAUUUAAAAUUAAAGAAAAACUCAGUGUGCUGUGGAUUUUAGUAGGUUCUGAUCACAAUAACUGACAAAUGAACUUCACUUGGAAAUUAAGCCAAUUCUAUUUUAGGUACAGAGGAAUAAAAAUCAUUAGAGGAUCUCUUCAAUAAUCUAAGAAGAAAAACAACAGAAUAAAGGCCUUGAGAGGGUAUAAGGAAUGUGCUGUGAAAUUUUGGAUAGGUUGUUCAGGGAAGGCCUCUGGUGAGAUGAUAUUUGAGCAGAGAUAUGAAAGAAGUGGGGGAAUGAGCCAUAAGAAAUGAGGAAAGGUGGAUGAGGGAGAGACUAUUAGACAGGAAAACGGCAUGGCCUGUCCAAGGCUGGACCAGGGGACCAACAUCUUCCUCCUUAUUUUAGAAUAGUGUCUGUGUUCCCCACAUUUACCAUUCCUACUUGCUCAUACCAUUGCGCUUGCCCGAAAUCACCCUUUUAGACCUAAAGCCCAUCCAGUUUUCAAAUCCUCAGUCAUAAAGUCUUCUACUUGUUCAUUUAUUCAUUCGCAAAGAUUGAGUGUUGAAUAAUGGAUAUGACACACUCCCUGCCUUUGAAGACCUGGUGUUCAGUCUGUUGGAGGAGACAGGCAUAUCCUAGCUGCACUCCUGUUUGAUCAGGGAGCAGAGAAACAUGAAGGCACAGGUCAGUCCUCUGGGAUCACUGAUCAAGAGAAGGAGUUAUCCACCAAUGCUUUCCAAGCUUUCACAUCUGGAAAUUAUGAUGCCUGUCUACAACACCUUGCCUGUCUACAAGAUAUAAACAAAGAUGAUUAUAAAAUAAUUUUGAAUACAGCAGUAGCUGAGUUUUUUAAAAGUAACCAAACAACAACAGAUAAUUUGAGACAAACACUUAACCAGCUGAAGAAUCAGGUCCACUCAGCUGUUGAAGAAAUGGAUGGAUUAGAUGAUGUUGAAAACAGCAUGUUGUACUAUAAUCAAGCAGUCAUUCUUUAUCAUCUGCGGCAGUAUACAGAAGCCAUAUCAGUUGGUGAAAAACUUUAUCAGUUCAUAGAGCCUUUUGAAGAAAAAUUUGCCCAAGCAGUGUGUUUUUUGCUUGUAGACCUGUAUAUAUUAACCUACCAAGCUGAGAAAGCUUUGCAUCUUCUUGCUGUCCUAGAAAAAAUGAUUUCACAGGGUAACAAUAACAAAAAUGGAAAGAAUGAGACUGGUAAUAACAACAACAAAGAUGGAUCUAAUCAUAAAGCUGAAAGUGGAGCUCUAAUAGAAGCUGCAAAAUCAAAGAUACAUCAGUACAAAGUACGAGCUUAUAUCCAAAUGAAGUCUCUGAAAGCAUGUAAAAGGGAAAUCAAGUCAGUCAUGAAUACAGCUGGAAAUUCCGCACCCUCUCUCUUUCUUAAAAGCAAUUUUGAGUACUUAAGAGGUAAUUAUCGAAAAGCCGUGAAGCUAUUAAAUAGUUCAAACAUUGCUGAGCAUCCAGGAUUCAUGAAAACAGGUGAAUGCUUGAGAUGCAUGUUCUGGAAUAACCUUGGUUGCAUCCAUUUUGCCAUGAGCAAGCACAAUUUGGGAAUAUUCUACUUUAAAAAGGCUCUGCAAGAGAAUGACAAUGUCUGUGCACAGCUCAGUGCAGGUAGCACUGAUCCAGGUAAAAAAUUUUCAGGAAGACCCAUGUGUACGUUACUAACCAAUAAGAGAUAUGAGUUGCUGUAUAACUGUGGAAUUCAGCUUCUUCACAUUGGAAGGCCUCUUGCUGCCUUCGAAUGUCUGAUUGAAGCUGUUCAGGUUUAUCAUGCAAAUCCUCGCCUCUGGCUACGGCUGGCUGAAUGCUGCAUUGCUGCCAAUAAGGGGACUUCUGAACAAGAAACUAAAGGCCUUCCCAGCAAAAAAGGAAUUGUACAGUCUAUUGUUGGUCAAGGCUAUCAUCGUAAAAUAGUUUUGGCAUCACAGUCUAUACAGAAUACUGUUUAUAAUGAUGGGCAGUCUUCGGCCAUUCCUGUAGCCAGUAUGGAGUUUGCAGCCAUAUGUCUCAGAAAUGCCUUGUUGCUGCUACCUGAAGAACAGCAAGAUCCAAAGCAGGAAAAUGGGGCUAAAAAUAGUAAUCAAUUAGGUGGGAACACAGAGAGCAGCGAAAGCAGUGAAACUUGCAGCAGUAAAAGCCAUGAUGGAGAUAAAUUCAUUCCAGCUCCACCUUCUUCUCCAUUGAGAAAACAGGAAUUAGAAAACUUAAAGUGCUCCAUACUUGCUUGCAGUGCCUACGUGGCUCUGGCUUUGGGUGAUAACCUCAUGGCUUUGAAUCAUGCAGAUAAACUUCUUCAGCAGCCCAAGCUGUCAGGAUCUCUUAAGUUUUUGGGACAUUUAUAUGCUGCAGAAGCCCUCAUCUCUCUCGACAGAAUAUCUGAUGCCAUUACUCACUUGAACCCGGAGAAUGUCACUGAUGUCUCCUUAGGGAUCUCUUCAAAUGAGCAGGACCAAGGAUCAGACAAAGGUGAAAAUGAAGCAAUGGAAUCCUCUGGUAAGCGGGCCCCUCAGUGCUACCCCAGUUCCGUCAACUCUGCCAGGACUGUGAUGCUGUUCAACCUUGGCAGCGCUUACUGCCUGAGGAGCGAAUAUGACAAAGCCCGAAAGUGUCUCCACCAGGCGGCUUCAAUGAUCCAUCCUAAAGAGGUGCCCCCUGAGGCCAUCUUGCUGGCAGUCUACCUUGAACUGCAGAAUGGUAAUACUCAGCUGGCCUUACAGAUCAUCAAAAGGAAUCAGCUGCUCCCUGCAGUGAAAACACACUCUGAAGUGAGAAAGAAGCCAGUGUUUCAGCCUGUCCACCCGAUCCAGCCCAUCCAAAUGCCGGCUUUCACCACUGUGCAGAGAAAGUGAUACUUCACUUUUGGAAAACUGUUACCUGAGACCCAGGGGAGAAUUUACUGGCCAUUUUAGUUGUAUCACAGCAGAAUGAAUAAAAGAUGGUGAAGGCUGUUAAUUUUGAGACAAUUCUACCCCUGACUUUUGGCCAAAAGCUUACUUAAAAUUAAGGAUUUACUAAGUCAUCAUCAGCUGUUUUUCUUAAUUUCAGCCAGACUAUUAAUUUUGAGCCAUUAUGUAAUAUAUGCCAUAGGCAAUUAAAACAUAAUUUUAUCAGAA